AGGGUGCGUCAGUGAGACUCCCCCCUCCUUCCCCCUCGUCCCCCGUCCCCUGUCUCAAAACAGCGAAACCUCCCCAGAACGAAGGUCGCCCGUCGCCAUGCCAACCAAUCCAGCACACAAGAUGGCAGAGCUCUUCCUGACCAGCACCCUGCCUCUGUCCGAGUUCGACCCUUCCUCCUCCACCUCCUCUUCCUCCUUCCUGAGCCUGGAGCAGAGGGCGGCCUUCAUCUUCCUCCUCAUCCUCCUCAUCCUCCUGGGCCUGUUGGUGGUGCGAUGCUUCCGUAUCCUGCUGGACCCCUACCGCAGCAUGCCCUCCUCCACCUGGACAGACUACAUGGAGAAGGACACCUUGGACUACCGCAUCGCCUGAUAGGCUGCCCUUUAGAACCGCAUCACCUGAUAGGCUGCCCUCCACUAAUACAUAUCCUACUAAUACAUAUCCUGAUAAGCUGCCCUCAACCAAUACAUAUCAUUAUAGGCUACCUUUCAUUAAGUUGUGUCCUGAUAGGCUGCCGACCACCAAGACAUUAUCUGAUAGUUUAUACUCUACUAAGAAAUCAUUUGAUAGGCUGCUGUCCACUAAUACAUUGCCUGAUAGGCUGGCCUCCAGUUCCACACAGCCUUGAGAUGAUGCUGUAUUUAGUAUGUCAGCUACUUUUCACUCUCUGCCCCCCUGGGGAGUUUCGACAUGGUUCAAAGAGACUGUCUGGCAACAGGGGUCCUUUUCCCUGGCCCCACGGGUGGCCGCAGCUUUGCCUGAGUGAAAAUGUAACUGGAACAGAGCAGUUUUCAUCAGGGCCAGCCCUCUCCUGCAGCCUGAGAUAUGAAUGGUCGACUGGCCGACCCUGACAAAGCCACAGCCAAUCACAAACCUGAGUGGUCAUCCUGAAAGGGACAGUACUUCCUGUGGUGAGGUCUGAAAUGCUUUCAGAGGUGAAGAUGGGUUUUUAAUGCUGCAGUCAUCAGCUUUUUUCUGUGUUAGGUUCUCACACCACACACACACACACACACAUACACUUCUGACUGACUCCCAGGCAUGGGUGAUUGCUUGGGGAGGGUUGACUGGGUGUGGGUGGUGUGGGGGUUUAUCUGUUCAAUUAGGUUGUUAUUUUCCUGUAUUUCUGAGGAGAGAGCAUUCUACACCCUCAGCGAUGAUAUGCUUAGUCAUCAUUACGUCCUAAGGUGCCCCAAAGCUAUUAGAUGUGUAUACAUAUACUGUAUCUAUGACAGAUGAGAAUGGUCCAUAGAGCCAGGCAAGGUUGCUCCUCUAUUUUUGAGAAGCAAGAAGGAUAUAAAAAAGAGAAAUAGGUUUUAACUAAUCAUUACCAAAUCUCUGUAUAAUGUAUACAAAUGUUCUCUCUUCUUUUGAAAAAAGGUUGGUUCAAUAGAGGCAGAGGCGGUUGUCCAAUGUGACUUUUUUGCAGAUUUAAGUUUUCCUUUUUUAAGGGGUAGGCUAGUUUAGUAGCUAGCUACUUGGCUAGCCAACCCAACAGUUAGCCUGGUGUGGCAGCCCCGAAGGCCUGUUACGCUCACGGCAAAAUUGGAACUGGAGGAGAAUGGUGCUGCCUGCUAACAAGUUCAGGACCAGCCGUGUGAGUGAGGGGGACCACAGGGAGGCGUGCACACAGACAGACGGGAGGACGGACGGAAGGAAGACAACAUCUUGUGGAUUAUUUGUUGUCACGGUCAUUCCACAGUUUGAAUUAAGCAGCAAAUGUGAGGAUCUAGACUAGUAGAGAAUAGAGAUAGGUAGCCAACUAAUGUAAAAUAGCAUGAUGCCAUGGGUUGGUUUUCCACCUGUCCUCCCCAAUUUUUCUUGGUCACCACUAAUGUAGUAUAUGUAUUCAUAUAUAUAUGUAGUUUAUGUAGAGUGUGCUAUUUUAUGUGUAGAUAAUGUAUAUAUUCUAGUGUAUAUUUAUCCUUUUGUGUAUGUUUUAUGAUGGUAUAAAGUGUUGUGUAGUAUGAACAGCAAGCAGUCUGAAGCGAUGUACAAUAUGUGUGGUAGAAUGCUCUGGUGUAGAGAUGUGAUGCGGGGGGCCUACUUCAGGGGAAGGGGCUCUGUAUCUCAGAGCAACUGGCUUUGCCGUGUCUGCAGGAAUAUCACUCUUCUGAUCCCUUUAACUGAGACCUGCCUCUAUAUCUGUCUUCCUCUGCCCUCCUCCUCUCCUCUGUUCUCCUCUCCCCCCCCUCCUCUCUCCCUUCUCUUCUAUCUUCUCCUGUCCGCCUCUUUUCUCCUCUCCCCUCCCUUCUCUCGUCACUCCCUCCCUCGUUUCUCUCCUCUCCCAGCACUCCCCCCCCUCUCCUGCCCUCUCCUCCUCCUCUCUCCUUCCCUCCUCCCCGCUCCCUUCCGUCCUAUCGCAGUCCUCUAACCAGUGUGUUUCCAGGUGACAGCUGGUAUGACUGUAGACACACGUCAGGCCCGAACCCCCUUUAAAGGACUUCCUCUCCACCCAACUCUGGAGAACUUCUAUCACGUGGGACACCACAUCUAUUUUUGUCUUUGUUGUUUCCAUGUCACACAUGCAUUCAGUGUGACUACAUGGGCUUCGGACAGAGCCAAUCAAACGUUAUUCGUAUGGCGAGCGAUGCCACGGAGGGCUUCCCGCGAGCCCACACAUCAGCACCUAGAACCAGCCUAAACCCUCAGAGAAGGCAAGGCACAGAAGACAGAGACAGAGAAAAAUGAAAGCCACCUCAGGCAUACCCAUCCUCCAGAGACAGAUACAGGUUAGACAGGAGACGGGAGGCA